GACGAACUCUCUCUUCACACUCACUCCGGCAAUGCCGAGUGAACUUCGCGUCGGAGAGAGGAGGCGGCGGCGUGUGAUACUUUGGCUGCAACACUAUGGGACCAACUUUUAUUUGGCUGGUGGCGCUCGGCUGCUCCUUAGUUCUUUUGACCUCGGCCAGGCCAGCGGUCAACGGAACUACUACCAAAGUGCAGGAAAAACAAGCGGCAAAUGCGACGGGCAAGAUCAAACUGCCGAUUAAGAAGCAGGACAAAGAGGAGGCGCGUUUCCUCUACGGCUACUAUGGAGGACUUUAUAACAAUGGAAACAACAACCUCUUUUUUCCGGGAAACACAUUUGGGAACAGAACUCUUCAAUUCAAUGUGCUUCCCCUUGGAUCUGUACUUUACGGCUGGCUAACGGGUGCAUAUCCAUACAUUCUUGGCUAAAUAUUUAAAAUGUUGAAUAUUUUCCUUGAUUUAAAUUUACAAACAGAUUUGCAAGAUUCCAAAAUAAACUUUUUAACGAGUUGUAUAUUGACUUAAAAUGUUGUAAUGGUUGAAAUAUUUAUUUUUAUUUAUUUAAAUAUAGUGAAAAAUUUAGAUGAAAAUAAAAUGAAAUUAAAAUAUUAUUUUUUAU